UUUUGAUUCUUAUUCAUUUUAUUUUUGGUUUAUUAUUCUUUCAAUAUUUUAUACUUGUUUCUUCUGAUAGCACCGUGGAUUGAAAUUAAGAUCGCAUAGUUACGAUUGAAGUGGAAAGCGGUAAAGCCAUGCUUUCCUUUCCGAAGUCGCGCAUGCUGCUAGGACUAGGCAAGCGACUCAAGUUCCCUGUACCAACUCGAAGUUUCGCAUCGUCAAAUGAGCCGGAUGUCGACCUUAGUCAGUCGGAAGUUCGUCACGCCGCGAGUUUGUCGGGAAAACAAGGAACCGAGCAGUUAUCCGAAUCUAUAAGGCCAUGGGCAGAACGAUUGGAUGAUUUAAAUCAAGGAGCGCGGCUCCCCAGAAGUGUGCAAGCGCUUUACUUGCGUCCUCUUCGAAGAAAGGCCCAGUACGGUCUCCCAGUCUGUGAUCUCCAAUUGAGAUCGUACAGUGUACGGAACGUCGAAUUUUUCGCCGAUUUUGCCAUACGUGCGGCAUACUAUCUGAAACUCCCCGUUUCGGGACCUGUGCCGUUGCCGCGCAUUGUUGAGCGCUGGACAUUCCCACGAAGUAAUUUCGUACAUAAGAAAAGCCAAGAAAAUUUUGAAAGGAUAACACUUCGACGAUUGAUUCAGAUCAAAGAUGGCAAUCCGCAGACUGUACAGACGUGGCUGGCCUUUUUACGAAAGCACUCCUUCUAUGGAGUAGGUCUAAAGGCAAAUGUUUGGGAGCAUGAAAGUCUCGACGUGGCUAAAACUAUGGAUGAUGCGAUGCCCGAGAUUGAGCAAUCACUUGAACCGCACCUCUCCCAAUUUGGCCAGAGAAAAGAUAGGGGUGGUGACCAAUCGAUAUUGGAUAUCUUGGAAAGCGAGCGAUUUACCCAGAACAAGGCGAGAAAUCGCGUCCAAUUCAAAGGUCUAAUUCAACAUCGGCGCAGUUCAUCAUACUCCACAAAAACAUCAUCAGCAACCCACCAAACGAUAUUCUCGGGGAUACAGCCAACCGGUGUACCGCACUUGGGUAAUUAUUUGGGAGCUUUGCGUGAAUGGGUUCAAUUACAAAACGGUGCCACAGAGGGAACAAAAUUGCUAUUCUCUGUAGUUGACCUUCACGCAUUGACAGUGCCUCAAGAUGCCCCCCGGUUACGGAAUUGGAGGAAGGAGAUGUUUGCGAUCCUUCUCGCCGUGGGCCUAGAUCCUGCAAGGUCGGCGAUAUUUUACCAAUCCGAUGUCCCCGCACACACCGAAUUGUUCUGGAUACUGAGCACAGUGGCCUCUAUGGGGUAUCUAUCACGUAUGACCCAAUGGAAGAGCAAGCUUCAAUUACCGGAGAAUACAAAUCUGGAAGACUCGGCAGCAAGAUCGAAACUUCGGCUAGGCCUAUUCUCAUAUCCCGUUCUCCAAGCAGCAGACAUCUUAGUCCAUAGGGCUACACAUGUCCCCAUAGGGGAGGACCAGAGGCAACACCUUGAAUUUUCCAGAAACACCGCAAAUAGCUUUAAUCACCUCUAUGGGUCCAUUUUCCCACUACCUGAGGCGCUCAUAUCACCCGCAAAACGAGUGAUGUCUUUCAAAGAACCAACUCUGAAGAUGUCAAAAUCCCACCCCGAUGAACGAUCAAGGAUUUUGCUCUCCGAUACCCCGGAAGAUAUUCACAGAAAGAUAAAGGGCGCACUUACGGACUCGGAGCCGCAGCUCAAAUAUGACCCAGAUAACCGUCCAGGUGUCUCUAACUUGAUUGAAAUUCUCGCUCAUUUUGAAGGCAAAUCGUGCGAAGAAGUGGUCUCAGAAUUCCAGAACUCAAGCCUUGGGGCUCUAAAGGGACACGUUGCUAGCAAGGUUGCUAACCAUCUCCAGCCGAUAAGGGAGAAAUAUUUUGCUCUCAUAGAAAACAAAACAGGUUACCUUGAAGAUGUUGCGAACCAAGGCAGUCAGGCCGCGCGUUCCAACGCUGAAAGUACUAUGAAGCAAGUUAAAGAAGCACUAGUUAUAUAUUAAGUAAAAUGAUGCAACAUGGAGAAAUUGAAUUGGGAUUCUUUUCACCCCCCCCCAAUGCUGGAUUAUUUGAGGAUAUGCCCUACUGAAUUGGGGUUUUAUUUAGUAGGUUGAGUUUUUCAAAGUAUCCCAGUCAGUCGAGUCGGUCAUCUUUUGACUAGAUAUAGCAUACAGCUAUCAAUACCACAUUUAAGUCAUUUUGAUUGCAUUUGCGAGGU